GGCGUUUCCACGUUUCAGCAGCCGGUUACAGAGCAGCGGACAGCAACGCAGAAGGACCCAGAGAGGAGGAAUCACGACCAUCCUAAACCCGGCGUUAUCUGUUUUAUUACUGACAAACACUGACUUGACAGCCCCACCUCACCCGUGUCCCCCUUCACGGUUUCCCACGCUGAUGACACACAGACUCCAAUCCAUCAAUUGAAACCACAAAAGUGAGCCGAGGCUGACGGAGUGGACUUUUUUUUUUCUUUCUUCCUGUCCCUGCAGCACGUCUGUCCUCUCUAAGGGCCGACAUUGAAAAAAAAAAUCCCACAGAGGUGUCGUCUGUGAGAUCCAGAGGAGAUUAUCUUCCCCGCAUCUCUCUCUCUCCGUCUGUAGCUGUCUCAUUUUGCUGCGUCCGGGACCAUGGCGGAGUACAGCUCUCUGCUCAGCGAUCUGUCUGAAAACAUCACCAACGAGGACUUGGAGCAGCUCAAGUCAGCCUGCAAGGAGGACAUCCCUGAGGACCAGAGCAACAACAUCACCUCCUCCAAGGAGUGGUUCAGCUACCUGGAGAAGAACGACAAGCUGGCUCAGGAUAAUCUGUCGUACAUCGAGCACAUCUUCGAGAUUUCACGGCGACCGGACCUGCUGACGAGGGUGAUCGAGUACCGCACCACCGUGCUCAAGAUCUCUGAGGAUGACGAGAUCGACACCAAGCUCACACGCAUCCCUUCUGCCAAGAAAUACAAAGACAUCAUCCGCCAGCCCUCUGAAGAUGAGAUCAUCAAGUUGGCUCCUCCCCCUAAAAAAGUGUGAGGUCGCGACCCUGAGCCCUGAUCUUUGCACCUUGAUUUCUUCACGACUGGCACUCCAAUCAACCACCGACCAACCGUUUCUGACCAACCCCAACA